GAAAAAAUUCAUACGAACCCGUUCCGUCUGAGUUCUCACCUGUCACUAUACCGACUUGUCGAUCCGUUCGCAGAAGUCAGUGUUCAAUCUAUUGUUCGUUGCUCGUCGCUGUGUUUGAUCGACGUUUCGUCGGUCAGCAUAUAAUCUAACUUUGAGCAGGGACAUAGAGUUACUGUAUAAUCUAUAGCAGGGAAGAUUCCAUGUCGGUUUUGGAGCGGAUUGCUAGGACCGUCAAAGCGUGGCGAAUAAUUAAGUCUUUCAAACUCAAAGAUUCUUCAAGCGUAUCUCCGAGUUUAUAUCUGAGACAUUUUCGGCAUCACCCGGAGCAUCUAAAACCAGGAUUUCUGUCUAAUGGACGUGAACCUUGCUUUCUCUAUCCGGCUAUCGUUGCCAGUAUGUUUGGAGUUGGGGCAAUGGAAAUAGCUUAUGCAGAAGCUGAAGAGUCUGCUGGCACUCCCCCACCACCACCAAAGGACCUAUCUACCCAUGCUGAUCUUGAGGAGAUUGCUAAGAAAGAGAGACAGCGAAUAAAUGAGCAGUUAAUCAGGAACAAAGGAAUGAAGUAUGGUGCUUGUCCGCGAUUUACUGUUGGAGUUAAGGGCCAAAAGGUCAGCAUCAAGUUCCAAGUUCCUUCCAGUUGUGAAGUCUCGCAUCUGGUUGCCAAUCUUGUAUCAAAUCUUGGACUAAAAGUUGAAGAGCGUGCUGGUGGUUCAGAUAUGUUAUUGCGUGCAUGGGCCAGUCCAGUUGCUUGGCAACUAUCUCUUACUCGACCAAAAACUCAGAGAGAAGCUGGAGGAAACGAAGGAAACUCAUUAGAAAUUGAUGCCGGGGAUGAAGAUCUAAGCGUCCUGAUAUUUCAUUCACUUGUUAGCUCGGAUAAAACUGAAAUUGAAUUCUUAAAGCGGGGAAGCCUGAGCACCGAAGAGCUCGAUUCUUUGGUUUCUGUUUUACAAUUAGCUGGUGGAAGGUUGGGAGAAAGUAGAUCCCUUGAAAGAAAAUCGAGGGAAGGGUCUACACAAUUGCCAGAUCCGGAAAAAUCUAUAUCUAGUCUCGAAUCAAUGGGUGUGAAAGUUUAUGGACUUGACGAGCCACAUGUUAAUUCCUCAAAAAAUGAGAUAUCCUGGGACAAUAUUGCUGGUUAUGAUCAACAAAAAAGUGAAAUAGAAGACACGAUACUGCUGACUCUGCAUAAUCCAGAAUUAUUUGAUGAGAUUGCUCAUGGGACUCGGCGCAAGUUUGAAUCAAAUAGACCUCGGGCUGUUCUCUUUGAAGGGCCUCCAGGUACAGGAAAAACAUCUUCUGCUCGUGUAAUUGCAAAUCAAGCUGGCGUCCCCUUGGUGUACGUACCUCUUGAGGUUAUCAUGUCAAAAUACUACGGUGAAAGCGAACGUCUCUUGGGGCAAGUGUUUUCACUUGCUAAUGAACUUAGUACCGGUGCGAUCAUUUUCCUUGACGAGGUUGAUUCUUUUGCAAUUGCUCGUGACAGUGAAAUGCAUGAAGCUACUCGAAGAGUAUUAUCAGUGUUAUUGCGUCAGAUUGAUGGAUUUGAACAAGACAGAAAAGUGGUUGUAAUUGCUGCCACGAAUAGAAAGCAGGACCUUGAUCCUGCUUUAAUUAGUCGGUUUGACUUGAUGAUCACAUUUGGCUUACCUGAUGAGCGGAACCGUCAGGAAAUAGCAGCUCAGUACGCAAAGCAGCUAACGAAACCUGAACUGAACGAGUUUGCAAAGAAUACAGAAGGAAUGUCUGGAAGGGACAUCAGGGAUAUUUGUCAGCAAGCCGAGCGGUCCUGGGCAUCAAAGAUACUUCGAGGGAAAGUAUCCAAAACUGGAGAACAUGGAAUACUUCCACCCCUUCAAGAAUAUAUUGAGUGCGCUAUGAGCAGGCGCAAGGCUUUGCAAACUGUCGACGACCAUAAAAUCAAGGACUCCAACAUCCGCACGAAGAAAACCCAAUUCGCUUGACUAUCUAAAUCGACUCGCUAGCUAGUAAGCUUGAAAUGAUUUUUCUUUUUUGUUGAGCUUUUAAUAUGCCAAUGAAUCAGUCAUAACUUAUAGGAUUGAGAUAGAAAUGGAAAAAUAUUCAGUAAUUCGAUCAAUAUCACGCUUUGUUGAUC